CAAUCCAGGAAGUGAAGAAGGCAGAGAGAGAAAGAGGGAAUGGCAAAAUCACCAGAAGGAGAGCACCCACAUAAGGCUUUUGGAUGGGCUGCCAGAGACCCCUCUGGUGCCCUCUCCCCUUUCCAUUUCUCCAGGAGGGAAAAUGGUGAUGAAGAUGUCACCGUGAAAAUUCUUUACUGUGGAGUAUGCCACUCUGACUUGCAUACCGCCAAAAAUGAAUGGGGCUUCACCAAUUACCCUGUUGUCCCCGGGCAUGAAAUUGUUGGUGUUGCGACAAAAGUUGGUAAUAACGUGGAGAAAUUCAAAGUUGGUGACAAGGUUGGUGUGGGGGUACUUGUGGGCUCCUGCAAGAGAUGUGAACCCUGCCAACAAGACUUGGAGAACUACUGUCCUAAAGUUACUUUAACUUAUAACUCCAUUGGCCAAGAUGGAACCAAAACAUAUGGUGGUUAUUCUGAUAUGAUAGUUGUUGACCAGCGUUAUGUGCUUCGGUUUCCUGAUAACUUGCCACUUGAUGCGGGUGCACCUCUGUUGUGUGCGGGGAUCACAGUCUACAGCCCCAUGAAAUACUAUGGAAUGACUGAGGCAGGAAAGCAUUUAGGUGUUGCUGGACUUGGCGGUCUUGGUCAUGUUGCUGUGAAGAUUGGGAAAGCCUUUGGGUUGAAAGUCACUGUCAUUAGCAGCUCAUCAAAGAAGGAGAGUGAAGCAAUCAAUAAACUUGGUGCUGACUCAUUCCUUGUUACCAGUGACCCUGCAAAAAUGAAGGCAGCCAUGGGUACCAUGGACUUCAUUAUCGACACAAUUUCUGCAGUCCAUCCCCUACUUCCUCUGCUUAGUCUGCUAAAGAUGAACGGAAAACUAGUCACUGUGGGCUUGCCUGAUAAGCCCCUGGAGCUGCCUAUUUUUCCAUUAGUUGUAGGAAGGAAGCUAGUUGGGGGAAGUGACAUUGGAGGGAUGAAGGAGACGCAGGAAAUGCUAGAUUUUUGUGCCAAGCACAACAUUGCUGCAGACAUUGAGCUGAUCCGGAUGGAAGAUAUCAACACAGCUAUGGAGAGGCUUGCCAAAUCUGAUGUCAGAUACCGAUUUGUGAUUGAUGUGGGGAACUCCCUGUCCCAGUAGGUUCCUUCACCAUGCUUGACCUGCUUGAUUGCAGGUCCAGGCAUAAUAAUAUUAUGCUCUAGCUUAUUUUAUCAUCUUAUGCAAGUUUAUGCUUUGGGAGGGAACUGAUGAAAAUAAUAAUACUGGCAAUAUUGAUCCUCUUACUCUUGGGUUCUUGGUUGUUUUUUGCUGUUGAGGUUUGCUAACCUAAUGAUGUUCCCAUAAAAAAUGUGGUACUGG